CAAUGGUCAGGAACGUCGACCCAAACCCGCAUCUCGCAUGUCUUCCUGCCGCGGGGCUUGCGUUAUAUAUGUCUCAGCCCCUCCUCCGCCCGAUGUGCGCCGUCCAACUUGCCGGACGCCGUCGUCAUCUGAAGGUUUAUCCUCAUUCCUAUCCUAUAAACUCGGGCGGUAGGCGUCGAUCGCACCGCAACAGCUGUAGUAGGCCAGCUCUCCUUCAAAGUGUCGUCCAUCGCUCUCCGUCUUCCCUCCCUCACCCGCCGAUCUCUAGCCAUGAGCUUGAGAGUCCUCGAUGUCGUGAGGAACAAUGGCGUCGCGCAGGAGAUGCGGCCCGCGCACUGGGCCAACGCGAGCGGGACGAACUUCAAGAAUCCCUGGAGCAGCUUCCGCGAGAUGGACUGGACGGACGGGAAAUGGAUCGCGGGAAACCUCCUGAAGGGCAUGGCGCCUCUCCCCGCCGACCUAGCUGUGCGAAUGCCUGUGCGCAAGCCGGUAUGGGACCACGGCGAGGCGCGCAAGGACGAGGUCAAGACGACGUGGUUGGGGCAUGCAGCCUUCCUCAUCGAGAUGCCCCACCACGCUGGAGCUGAGCGCGGAAUACGAAUUCUCACUGACCCGGUCUUGGGAGACUAUUGCGCUCCGGUGUCGGCGGCGAAGCUGAAGCGGAUAACUCCACCUGCAGCGAGAGUCGAUGAGCUGCCAGACGUUGACGCGGUGGUCAUCUCGCAUAAUCACUAUGACCACCUCGACUACAAAACCAUCUACGCCCUCUUCAAGCGCCCCCGCAUCCCCCACAUCUUCGCCCCUCGCGGUAACGAGAAGGUCCUCAAGUCCUUCGGCGUGCCCGCCAGCCACCUCCAUAUCCUCGACUGGUGGGAGAAGCAGCGCAUAGAGCUGGAGAUACCCGCUUCCUCUGGGCCCGACACGCCCGCUCAAUCCACUCAACCCACCCGCGUCGACAUCCACUGCGUACCCGCACAGCACAACUCGGGGCGGACGCCGCUAGAUCGUAUGAGGGGACAACCGGCGUUGUGGUCUGGGUGGGCGUUCGAGGAAGUCGUCGAGGGGGCGGAUAAGCACGCUGAUGUCAGUGCUGGCGCUGAGGGGCCCAUCACUACGGGCAAGAAGGUGUACUUCGCCGGCGACACGGCGUACAAGGCGCUGUGGGACGGCAAGGAUGAGGCCGACUGCCCGUCAUGCCCCGCCUUCAAGGAGAUUGGCGAGCGGUUCGGCGGCUUCGACGUUGCGCUGUUGCCCAUAGGCUGCUAUCUCCCCCGCCGGUUCAUGUCGCCGAUGCAUGCCUCGCCAGGUGACAGCGUCAACAUCUUUAAGGACGUUCGUGCGAAGCGCGCCGUGGCGAUGCAUUGGGGCACCUGGGUCCUCUCUGAUGAACCAGUACUUGAGCCUCCGCAGUUGCUCAAGAAAGAGGCUAUGGCAGCGGGGUUGGCUGAUGACGCGUUCACGGCGUGCGAAAUUGGGGAGACGAGGUUUUAUUAGGUGCGGACCUGUACUGGUUUCGUUGUGCAUGGCUUCUAUACUAUCAUUGUGCAAGGAUUCGAUGCUAUCGGAUGUAGGACCUUUGUGUAGCCUUUAGCGUACUUGUCGCUCCUUGGUGCAUUAUCAUAUUUUUCCUCCACA